GACAUUUACACACCCCUCGCUUGACAGCUAAUUGUUUAUUUUUCCACGCGCGUGCGUGUAUUCUACCAGUGCUGCCAUCGCCCCUUUCUCUGCCAGCCGCAACCAAACGAAAGCGAAAGCGUAAACAAAUGCCAGUUAGUCAUACGCGAAAACCCGACGACCCUACACUUUUCUCAUCUCCGUCGCACGUCCCGAUCCUUCUUUGUACACAUUUCACUUUGCCCUGUCAUUUCUGCCAUUUUCCUCACCACCGACAAUUCCGUUUAGUAACAGUUACAAUCCUGAUUUGUCUGUGUUUCACGUCCCUUUGAUUAGUUAGUUACCUUUCUGGGCAACUGAACAGUAUUCUAACAGUGCUUUCAAGCCGGCGACACGACAAUCCAAGCAAGCCAAUCGACGACCAUCAUCGGGACUCCAUCUUUUCCUUUCCUCACGGUGGAACGAUACGGCAGCAAAAUUAAUUACUCAAAGUUUCACAAUGCGAUGUCGCUUUCGGCGAUGUCGAAGCCGAUACUGUACUCGUACUGGCGCAGUUCCUGCUCGUGGCGGGUGCGGAUAGCGCUCAAUCUGAAGGAGAUUCCCUACGACAUCAAACCGAUCAGUUUGAUCAAAUCGGGCGGCGAGCAGCACUGCAACGAGUACCGCGAGGUGAACCCGAUGGAGCAGGUACCGGCGCUGCAGAUCGAUGGCCAUACACUGGUGGAAUCGUUGGCGAUCAUGCACUACCUGGAAGAGACGCGUCCCCAGCGUCCUCUUCUGCCGCAGGACGUCCUGAAGCGUGCCAAGGUUCGGGAGAUAUGCGAGGUCAUCGCCUCCGGCGUCCAACCACUUCAGAACCUGAUCGUGCUGAUCCACGUCGGCGAGGAGAAGAAGAAGGAAUGGGCCCAGCAUUGGAUCACCCGAGGAUUCCGCGCCAUCGAGAAACUGCUCUCGACCUCGGCCGGGAAGUUCUGCGUCGGUGACGAGAUCACCCUGGCCGAUUGCUGCUUGGUACCGCAGGUGUUCAACGCUCGCCGCUUCCACGUGGAUCUACGCCCGUAUCCGAUCAUCCUCCGCAUCGAUCGGGAGCUGGAAGGACAUCCGGCAUUCCGCGCGGCACAUCCCUCCAAUCAACCGGACUGUCCACCGGAAGCGGCCAAGUAGACCAAGUGCUCCACCAGAUGCCAAUCGAAGUUUCGCCUGGAUCUCGCGAGGGAGUUCCACCGUAGAAUUGUUUAGUCGCAAGUUCAAAUCGAUGUAUACCAGAAGAGACUUACCGUUCGCAGAAAUUUACCUAUGUACAAUGCUGAAGUAUUUACACUCUAGUUAAAGCUUACAUAAACCUAAAUCUAGCACAAACAGUAACUUAACUGACUACCACUACACACACACAAACUAGACAAAGCACGGGAAUCCCGGGACGAGGGUGUCCCGAACCCUUUCAAAAAGGGGACGGACACCACAGCAAACGAUGGCGAUCGAUUUUACCCAUUUAUUUUUCUCAAUCUUUUACUUAACCAAGAUGUAUCCAAUCGUAAUCGAUCAUCUAUAAAAACGUACGAUUUUAUUGCACCCUUAUUAUCUACUCUAUUACGAUUACCAUUAUAUCGAAGCUUUCAAAAAGGAUUAUAGCGAUCAAAAGCGAUUUAUAUGACUAUUUGUAUUUGUGUCUAGUUAUUAUUCCCAAAACAUAAGUAUAUCUACGAUUGUGUUCUUUGUGCUUGUGCUAAAUUUUGGAACUUCGCACAACGCGUGGUGACGGCUUUCAAACUAUGUAACGACUAAGUUUUGAUGUUGCUUUCUCUAGCCUUUUUGUUUUCGCGUCUAUGUAUAACCUACCAACCGUGAAUUACAUUCCAAUUGUGUCAUUGUGCUUUUUAUUUGAACGCGGGGAAAGGUGGCAAACAAAUAUAUAUAUUGAAAUCGACAAGA